GUACUGCAAGGUUGGAUUUCCUACCGUGGGCCAACCUCCACUGUUCAGUGGGCCUGCGACCGUGGAUGGGGCCAGACCUGGACAUACUCCCCAAGCACAGGCAUGUUCCGGCUGAAUGGUGGCUUCAACCAGGGAAUGUGCCUGGAGCAGCUGCACCAGUCAUCGACGCUGGUGGUCGCGCUCUGCGACGGCUCCAACUUUCACCAACAGUUCUGGUUCAACUCUAUCGACGAGUCGAAGAUGCUGAUGCAGAAGGCGAAGACAGCCGCAGAUGUGCCCAUCUUCGCCAAGCCAUACUUCGACGGUGAGGAAGCCAUCAAGUCGAAAGACUCGACCUACGAUGCUUUCAGACUGGCCAAAUUUGCCAAGACCAGGGCGGUGUGGUACCUGAGCCAGGGCUGCAGCCCCGUUCCGACAGCCUCCUGUGGAACGCCGGCUCCGGACAUGCCUGGGGUCUACGUCGGCGAGUCCGUGCUGCAGCUGGGGAAGAAGGUCGAGAUGCUUCCUUGGCAGAGUGCCAUGGUUCCGUCUCCUGUCCAGGGCUCCAGUUUGACCAUGUGCUACUACGACCAUUCCUGCGCCUCCUCUGGGAACCUGGGCACAGCGGCCAAGCUCAGGCAAUGGACGAAAGGAUGCAAUGCCGGUGGCAAGCCAAGCUGCCGGUACUGUGGCUCAGGCAACCAUCCAGAGUGCCCCAAGUACUACAACUGCAUCGAUGGCGGGUUAGCAACCGACGAGUGGACGAAGGAGCACCGAGAUUGGUGUUGCAGCAAAUUCUCAAUCGGAUGUGAUAAGCCGUAUCACUGCCUGCAGGGCUUGGAGAAUUGGCGAUCCUGGGAGCAGAAGCGGAAGGAUUGGUGUUGCAGCUAUCAGCUCCUCGCCUGCGAGGAUGAGUGCAGCAAGACGGAUGAAGCGACCUUCCGGGAGAACCAUCACUUCUGGUGCAGCAGUUUCGGGGCCUCGGUGACAGAGCAGGAGCAGCUCAUGACGGACUAUGAGCGUUUCGAGAAGAUGCUCGAGAAGAUGUACGAAGUGUCCAAACUGGAGCCUGGCCGCCAGGAGGAGAAGCAGCAGCUGUCCACGGCCAGAUCGCGCCUUCCGCCCAUUGCUGGUGUCGCUCUCUGCCUGGCUCUGGGUGCCGCGGCGGCACUUAUUGUUCUGGCCAAGCAGCGGAGCAGGAACGCGCUGCAUCCAGUUACCGAGGGAUUUGCCUUGGCAGCUGGGCAGGAGGAAGUGCUGGUGGCCGCUGCAUAG